CUAUGAGCUGAGCUGGUAGAAAAUGAACUAUGCAGUUGCCACUUGCCGCUGCCGGCGCAUCUCAUUAUUUUUCUGGCCGGAAUAGUCUUCUUCCAUUCGCCCAAAAUCCUCUUGAAUCUUUCCUGUUAUAUAAGUGUCACAAACAUAUUCAUCAGUCAUCACCAAACCAAGUGUCUCUCCUUUGCAAAAAGUAGAAAUGAAAGGUGCAAUGCUCAUCUUUCUCAUUUCUGUUGCGUGCCUCUUUGCCUCUGUGCAAUGCAAGAACCGCGAUCCUCUGAGGGAUCUGCUGAAAGGCCACAUGAAUAAGAGGUCAGAAACAUAUGCAGUAGUCGAGGAGGCUUCGACUGACUACUCACCGGUCUACAUGGCGCCUCAAGACGGCCUAAAAGAGGCCGACAAGAUCAUGGGGCUGCCGGGUCAGCCGCAGGUGAGCUUCCUUCAGUAUUCUGGAUACGUCACUGUUGAUCCCACUGCCGGACGCGCUCUUUUCUAUUGGCUCACCGAGGCUGAGGACCCCUCCACCAAGCCACUUGUGUUGUGGCUCAGUGGAGCACCGGGGUGUUCCUCGAUAGGAUAUGGCGCGAUGACAGAGCUUGGGCCGUUCCGUGUGAACGCAGAUGGGAAGACAUUGUGGUACAAUGACAAGGCUUGGAAUACUGUGGCUAAUGUCCUGUUUUUGGAGUCUCCUGCUGGCGUUGGAUUUUCUUACUCGGACACGGCGUCGGACUAUGUAACAGGAGACACCAAAACUGCUGCGGAUUCCUACACUUUCUUGGUGAACUGGUUGGAGAGGUUCCCGGAAUACAAAACUCGUGAUUUCUACAUAGCCGGAGAGAGCUACGCCGGUCACUACGUUCCCCAGCUUGCUCAGUUGAUCUUAAAAACCAACAAAAUGCCAAAUCAAACUGUCAUUAAUUUGAAAGGAAUUGCAAUUGGGAAUGCAUACAUUGAUUAUCUAGACGUACUGCGUGGCUCCAUCGACUUCUACUGGUCACACGCUCUCAUUUCUGAUGAGAGUCGCGAUGAAAUCGUUAAAUACUGCAACUUCUCGUCUCCUAUAUUAUCAGACCAAUGCAAGCAAGUUUUGGAGCAAACAUAUGGUGAAUCAGGAAAUAUAUACACUUUUGACAUUUACGCGCCUCUUUGUGGUUCGAACUCUACUCUUCCAUCGCCGUCUACAUUUGAUCCAUGCUCGGAUGACUAUGUUUUCGCGUACCUAAACACGCCUGAAGUGCAGCAAGCACUUCACGUGAACAUUACUGGAGCUCUCCCCGGGCCAUGGACAUCUUGCAGUGAUCUCAUAGACUGGACUGAUUCGCCUUACUCAGUUUUACCUGUCAUCAAGGAGCUCAUGGCGAACGGCAUUAAUGUCUGGAUCUACAGUGGCGACACAAAUGGAGUGGUGGCGGUGACAACAACAACCAGGUACUCGAUGGCCAAACUAGGCGCCCCUAUUAAGACUCCGUGGUACCCAUGGUACUACCAAGGGGAGGUUGGAGGAUACGCAGUCGGAUAUGAGAAUGUGACAUUUAUAACUAUAAGAGGAUCAGGGCAUUUCCUCCCGAGCUAUCAGCCUGGCAGAGCAAUCACCUUCUUCUCGUCCUUCUUGGAAGGGAAGCUGCCUCCCAGCAGCUAAACACGCAACGAUUUCAAAGACUUGUUCUAAUUAGCCAUCUCUAUCAAUACAAAUUAUGAUCAACCCUUGCACUGUAAAAUUGGUAGUCAUUAUCAGUUGGUGUAAUGCAUUUUCAAGAAUGUUGAAGGAACUAAACUUCUGUCGUUUAAUAAACUGGUGCAAGU